AUGGCGUCUCUCAUCAAAGAUGCCAUCACAAGCCCCCGUUUCCACCUCUUUGCGACAGCUGUGCUGUCUGGCGCAACCGUCGCACUCAUUCUUGGAUAUCAGGGCCUGGAGCGGGAGCGAAGACUCUCUGAGCUCAAGAGGUCCAUUCCCUCUCCGGGAGAUGGCGGCCAUCAUACGAGCAAAUUGAACAAUUUUGGCGCGUCUCCGGGUUCGACGCCGGACAAGGAGGAUGCCCGCAACCAGGCCCUUAGCAGAAGGGCGUUGGCCGGAGACUUCGAUGAGGAGCUGAUUCUCGAACAGCUCGCGCGAAACAGGGUCUUUCUCACCACUGAAGGACUCGCGAAGCUGCGCGACUCGUUUGUCAUUGUGGUCGGGUGCGGUGGUGUCGGGUCGCAUUGCGCCGCGUCACUCGCCCGCUCUGGCGUGAGCAAGAUUCGCCUGAUUGACUUUGAUCAAGUCACGCUCAGCUCUCUGAACAGGCAUGCCGUUGCUACAUUGGCGGACGUUGGUAUCCCCAAGGUUCAGUGUCUCCGGCGGCGAUUGAUCGGCAUCGCACCGUGGGUCAAGUUUGAUCUACAGCAAGAAAAGUUUGAUGGGUCUGUGGCAUCGCGGAUGCUGGGGGCCUGGGAAGAUGGACGACGGCCUGAUUUCAUUGUCGACGCCAUCGACAACAUCGACACCAAGGUCGAGCUUCUGAAACACUGUCAUGAUCACAAUCUGCCCGUCAUCAGCGUAAUGGGCGCUGGUUGCAAGAGCGAUCCCACUAGAAUUGUGAUUGGGGAUAUCGGUGCAAGUCGAGAUGACGGGCUAUCGCGGGUGACAAGACGACGGCUGAAAUUACUAGGCAUCACCAGCGGCAUCCCGGUGGUAUAUUCAACGGAGCAGUCCGGAGAAGGCAAGGCCGAAUUGCUGCCGUUGCCUGAGGAAGAGUUUGAAAAGGGGGUUGGCGACCUUGGUGUGAUGCCCAACUUCAGGGUCAGAAUACUCCCCGUGCUGGGAACGAUGCCUGCGAUUUUUGGGCUCACGGCGGCGAACCAUGUUAUCUUGAGCAUCACGGGCUAUCCACUCAACUACGUCCCAGCCAAGGGACGGGAGAAAAUGUACGAAGGAAUGAUGACCUAUGUCCAAGGUUCCGAGGACAGACUCGCACGAAUAUUGGGCUUGGAUACAGUCGGUCUGAAGACCCCGCUCACCUCAGGUGACGUGGCUUUUCUGGCAGAGGAGCUGUAUCAUGGACGCAGCGCUGUCAGUGGCAUAUCGACGAAACUAGCCCUCAUUCGCUGGCAACGGCCGCAGCACACAAACAUGACUGUCAUCGGAGAGGGCAAGGACAUGCAAAAAUGCUCCACCGUGCGACUACGAGACCUCGUGUGUAUGACAAAGGAGGAGGCAAGUAGACAUGAAAAGGAGGUCUUCAAGGCUGGUAAAGCUCUUGACCAAGUCUACGAAAAGGACACGAUUGAGCGGAUCGAGGCGAAACUUGCGGCGGCAGCCAAAUAUGAACCAUGUAGAUAG